UGUAAUUGCGAGAAUGCCCUUAGAUGCUUUUUAUGCACAUCGAAUUGGUUGGGUGAUUCAACCAAAUGAGUAGUCGGAAGCACGGUUCCGAAAACAAGAAGGCACCGAGUGUAUCUACUCCGUCAUGGACUCAUGGCGGCACUAAUAAGCCUGAAACAACCUCUGCUUUCAUUGGUUUGGACCUCCCAUGUCCAUUUUCAUUCUUCGCUACGUUCGAAACCUUCCACGGUGAAACUCAGAUUUCGAAGCUCUGCUACGAAGAUGGCGAUGGUUGGGUCUGAGAGGGUUUUUCAUCCCAAAAUCAUCGAUUCUCAUUUGCAUGUCUGGGCUUCCCCUGAAGAGGCUGCCGACAAAUACCCUUAUUUCCCAGGCCAAGAACCGUCAUUACCAGGAAGCGUUGAUUUCUUGCUUAAGUGCAUGGGAGAAGCAGGAGUAGAUGGUGCUCUAAUUGUCCAACCUAUCAAUCAUAAAUUUGAUCAUUCUCUAGUAACAAGUGUCCUAAAGAAGUACCCGUCCAAAUUUGUUGGUUGUUGCCUUGCGAACCCUUCAGAAGAUGGAAACGGGAUUAACCAGCUUGAGCAUCUCAUUUUGAAGGAUGGGUAUUGUGCUGUUCGCUUCAAUCCAUAUCUUUGGCCUUCUGGUCAGCGGAUGACAACUGAAAUUGGCAGAGCAAUGUUUUCUAAGGCUGGAGAACUCGGAGCGCCCGUGGGUUUCAUGUGUAUGAAGGGGCUCAAUCUUCAUAUUGCAGAAAUUGAGGAGCUUUGCUCAGCUUUCCCUUCAACAGUUGUGUUACUUGAUCAUUUGGCUUUCUGCAAACCACCCAUAAAUGGUGAGGAAGAGAAGGGCUUUUCUGCUCUUCUAAAGCUGUCUCGAUUCCCACAGGUCUACGUGAAGUUCAGUGCUUUGUUCCGGGUGUCACGGAAUCUAUUUCCAUAUGAAGAUACAUGCCACCUUCUUUCACAAAUUGUGUCAAGCUACGGUGCGAACCGUGUCAUGUGGGGCAGUGAUUUCCCAUUCGUUGUGCCUGAAUGUGGUUAUAAAGAAGCAAAAGAAGCUGUGUCACUUAUUGCCAGUCAAGUACCAUUACCGACUUCUGAUUUGGAGUGGAUAAUGGGGAGAACGGCGAUGCGGGUCUUCCAAGAAUCGUGGAUUGGUUCAGAAGCACCUCAUCAAUAGUAUUAUCAAGUGACCGUUACAAUGGGCUAUGU